AUGGAGAGAACAUGUCGACCAUUUAGAUUCAAAAAUAAAUGGUUGAUCAAAGAGGACUUUAUACCGCGUGUGCAAUCAUGGUGGGUGAAUCAGUCAUUUGUUGGUUCUCCGUCGAGUAAUCUCUUUGUGAAUUUAAGGAAUCUACGUAAGUUUCUCAAAAGUUGGUUUGUGGGAGAUCGUGCUUUAUUUUGUGCUAAAAUCAAUGACUUGUAUAAUAAAAUUAAUGUCAUUAACGAGAAUGAGGAGAUUCAUGAACUCUUCGCUGAUGAGGUUAGUUCUCAGAUUCACAUUGUUAGCAAGUUACUCGAUAUGUGUAAGGAAGAAGAAACUAGGGCACGCCAGCGAAGUAGAGCUACACGAUUAAGAGUUGGAAAUAGAAACACUAAGUUUUUUCAUGGGAUCUCUAAUGCGCAAGCAAAAAAUAAUGUGAUAAAUUCUAUCUCGAUCGUGGGGGAAGUUUAUGAUAGUGAACCUGAAAUCUCUACGAGUAUUGUCAAAUUCUAUAAGUGUUUACUUAAGGAGCCAUUUAAGGUCAUACCUAAAUUGAAUGGUAUAACUUUUGAUUCAAUUAGUACAACGCAAAAAGAUAUAUUGGAUGCUCAUUUUACAUUGGAGGAGGUUGAGGAGGCCAUUAAGGGGUGUGGAAGUGAUAAAGCGCCAAAAUACUUUUGCUUUUUUUAA